GAACCACAAAGGUUUCUCCUGGUGACACUCUCUGUGACAAGGGUGACUCAAAAGCCAGUGUCGUCAAUGCUGCAUCGCGUACGAUAAUUAAUCCCUGGGGACGGAAGCAAGAUUCAUGUCAUCAGAGAAUGAUUCACUAAUCCAAUCGGAUGCUGAUGCCUGGGAUCUGUAUAAUGUCAUCAUUCACCUGAAAAAGAACCAUUACUGUACAGUAGCUCGUUGCUAGUGCAUUUAUGACAUCGGAGACGGUUGCUCGCGAGAAUAGACGACAACUCUACCAGUAUUUUUCUGGCAGCGGAGAAUGGGGUGCAAAUACCCGCUUGGCUUGGAAAAGGAGAUGGUGCAAUGAUUUAGCUGCAGAAAAACCUGAUUGUAACUUGUGUCGGCCAGAAUCAAGAUUUUCAGCUAAAGGAUGACGCACAGUUGUCAGCAAGAUGGCUGCCAUGUCGAGGGGUCGUAGGACUGGGCUGCAUUUGGAUAUAUCUGCGGAGAUACAUGGAGUAAUGGUUGACAUCACAUAAGUCGGAGCUGGACGCGAGGAAAAGAAAUUCUUGAAUAUGUUGCUGAAGACUUUUGGUCUUGGCAGUGUGUUUGCCCGUUGGUGCCAUGUGCGUCAACCAACCAUCACCAAAGGGAUAUUAGUGGCGAUCAUCUUCAGUGUGGUCUCACUCAUGUUUCUGGCGCAUUACGUCUCAAAUUACCACUUUUCGACAAUGGAGCGUAAGCCACCGGAGCCAAAAAUAAAAUGCCGUUUCAAUCCUAGCCAUCACACACCGUUUUCACCAAAAAGUCAUUCCUCAAGUGCAAAUUUACGCUAUGAUAAUAGGGUGUUAGUGAUAAUGGAGACCCAGUUUUCACGCCUUGGCAUAGAUGUCUUAAUGUUAUUAGAAGCAAAUAAAAUAAGGUACAAACGGACGUUGGCGAGAAAAAAUUUGCCGUAUCUGACUCAUAUGGAUAAAGGGAAAUAUGGUGUAGUAGUUUUUGAGAGUUUGCAGACGUACACAAGUAUGGAUAAAUGGAAUCGGGAUUUAUUGGACAAGUACUGCAGGGACUACAAUGUGGGGAUGAUUACGUUCAUAAGUGCCAAGAAUGAUAGCCCACUCGCCCUUCAGGUCAAGGGCAUGCCGAUAAAGCUACACACAAAUCUAGCCCUGAGGGACUACCAGAUCAACCCCGAAUCUGACAUUCUGAGAGUGACUCGAGCUGGGGAGGUUGCGUAUGGGGACCUCCCUGAUGACAAUUGGACGGUAUUUGCCACAAAUCAUUCGACAUAUGAGCCCCUUGCAUACGCAAAGACUCAGUCCUCAUCGAGUGUUGUCCACGAGUCUGAUAUUUUACAUACGGUGGUUGUUCAGGAUUGCGGCAACUUUGACGGGGUGCGGCGGGUGCUGUUUGGUAAUGGGUUGCGGUUCUGGCUUCAUAGACUGCUAUUUUUAGAUUCAUUAUCAUAUCUUUCCCAUGGAAAGUUCAGUAUUCCUCUGGAGAGGCAUAUAUUGAUAGACAUUGAUGAUAUAUUUGUUGGAAAAUCAGGAAUACGGCUGAAACCAGAUGACGUCGAGGCACUGGUUUCAUCCCAGGAACGGCUUAGACGUUCAGUUGAAGGAUUUACUUAUAAUCUAGGAUUUAGUGGGAAAUAUUUCCACCACGGGUCAACAGAAGAAAAUCUAGGGGAUGACAGAUUACUGAAGUAUAGACACCAUUUCUGGUGGUUUGGCCACAUGUGGCGACACCUAUCAGCACAUAAGUUCGACAACCUGGCGACCUUGGAGCGGGAAAUGUUGCUAAACAGGCAAUUUGCCAAGGACAAUGAUAUCCCUGUCAACCAGUCCUACGCUGUUGCCCCCCAUCACUCCGGUGUCUUCCCGAUCCAUGACCCCCUCUACGAGGCUUGGAAGAAGGUCUGGGGGGUUCAGGUGACCAGCACGGAGGAGUACCCCCAUCUCAGGCCAGCCAGGUUCAGGAGGGGGUUUAUACAUAAAAGUAUUAAGGUGCUACCCAGGCAGACGUGCGGGCUGUUCACACACAAUCUCUUCCUGGACAAAUACCAGGGCGGUCCAAGGAAGCUGGAUAUGAGUAUACGAGGUGGCGAGUUGUUCCAAACUUUUCUAAAUAACCCAAUCAACAUUUUCAUGACGCACAUGUCAAACUACGGCAAUGAUCGCCUGGCAAUUUACACAUUUGAGAGCGUCGUGAAAUUCGUGCAGUGCUGGACCAAUCUUAAGCUAAAGACAAUUCCUCCACUCCAGCUUGCCAGGAAGUAUUUCAUGAUGUAUCCAGAAGAGGUGGACCCAAUUUGGCAGAAUCCAUGCGAUGAUAAGCGCCACAUGGCCAUAUGGAGCACCAAUAAAUCCUGUGAUAUGUUACCACGGUUUCUUGUGAUUGGACCACAAAAAACAGGCACAACAGCUUUGUAUACAUUCCUAUCUAUGCACCCUGCCGUCCUCAGCAACUACAAGAGCGCUGAGACAUUUGAAGAAGUCCAAUUCUUUAGUGGGAAGAACUACUACAGGGGCUUAGAUUGGUACAUGCGGUUUUUUCCACAUUCAAAAAAUACCACGAACAGUUAUAUAUUUGAGAAGAGCGCCAACUACUUUGACUAUGAUCUGGUGCCAAUGCGAGCCCAUGCACUUCUCCCUCGCGCCAAGCUAAUCACAAUUCUCAUCAAUCCAUCCAAACGGGCCUACUCGUGGUAUCAGCACAUGCGAGCGCAUGGGGACCAAACGGCGCUGGCGUAUAAUUUCCACGAUGUGGUGACGGCCGGAGAUGAUGCACCAAGAGAUCUCCGUACGCUUAGACAUCGCUGCCUGAAUCCAGGGUAUUAUGCUCAACACCUGGAGCGGUGGCUCGACUACUAUUCGCCAAAACAGUUAUUAAUUUUGGAUGGGGAAUUGCUGAAGUCAGAUCCUGUGUCCGUCAUGCAUAAAGUCCAGAGAUUUCUCAGAAUAGAACCGUAUUACAAUUAUUCAAAAUAUUUGAGAUAUGACCCCAAAAAGGGUUUCUUCUGCCAAGUGGUGAAUGGGGAUCAUACGAAAUGCCUGGGUCGGAGUAAGGGCCGCCAAUACCCUCCAAUUGAAGACCGUGCGGAGAAGUACUUGAAGUCUCUGUACAGGAAAGCUAACGUUGCGCUGUCCAAGCUGCUCAGCCGUCUUGCUCAGGCACAACCUGAGUGGCUUCAAGACGAACUGGCCGAGGCUUUAUAGGAGAGCGUCAGACUUCUAUUUCUAGUUACAAUCAAAGUGCUUUGCAACACCUUUCACUGUUAUGUAUCUCUGAUUAGAUGCUUUUGGUAGGAUAUGCUGCUGUACAGUGCCCUAUUGAGUUCGACCUGCAGUGAGCAAGAAUGAAAUAAGUACAGAAAGUCAAAUUUCCUUGACUGGGAUUCGAACAAUUGAUUUUUGGAUUGCUGGUCUUCUGUGAGCUGUUGAAGUGAGCUGUUUUUCGGCACCGUGUGACACCAUUAGUAGAGCCAACUAGAAAAAAAUGACCAGCCGGGGGUUUUGUGAUACCAUUAGUAGAGCCAACUAGAAAACAAUGACCAGCCGGGGGUUUGAACCCACUACACUUUGAUUAUGAGUCUGAUGUCCUAACCUGUACACUGCCAUGCUAGCUUGAUGUGUGGUGCAGCAUCCUCCAAUAAUUCCAUCGCUUUGAUACAAACAGAACAAUGACAUUUCAGCAUUUUGAUGAAAAGUAACUGCCAUCAUCAUCAUUUGUACAUAAAAACAUUAACAAAAGUUUCAUUCAGCUUAAAGGAUAUUAUCGGGCAUGCUAAUCAAUUAUAGAGCUAUGUCUCUAUAUACCCAGCAGAUCUUGCCACGAGAUUUUAUUAUAAAAGUUUCUGGCUGAUACCAUUAUCAUUGGUGCCUAAUGAAAAGAAAUUGAGAAUUCAGAUUAUUAAAAAAUUUUCCUCAGAAUCUUCACUUAAUCAAAUAUUUUCUGUGAUCAAAUAAUUCUCAAUGCUUUUCAAAAGAUUUGAUUACUGGAUCAUAAUUUAUUGAUACAACUUUGGUGCCUCGUCAGAUUCGGAAAAUAAACAUAAUCUCAAGCCGAAUUGAAAUUUCUAUUCUUUAUAUGAUUCAUUGAGAUUCUUUGAAUUUUAUGCCACAUUGGAAUCUUGUUUGAUAUUUAGUCAUCAUGUGGAGAUUAUUAUGAACAUUUUUGAUUGUUGGAAAAUUUUCUCAUCCAAAAAUAUGACAUCAGAUUUGAAAGUGAUCAUAUUUUAUGAGCAAUAGCAUAAGAGGAAUGGUUGUGUGGUUGAUAGGAUAGCAUAUACUAGUACCUGGGGAUAAUCUGUUCAUUGGUGUCAUGAUGCUGGCAUAAAAGCUCAGAUGAGAAGAAUUUACACCAAGAUUAAUUGUUAGCCAAGUUAUUGAAAUACCAAGCCCUGGUAUGUAUGAUGUACAUGUUAUGACCUAUUUAUGAAAAUAGAACAGCAUUUGAUUGAUCUAUCAAAUGGAUAUGAUAUUAUCCAAUAAUGUAAUCGAAGAUGAAAUUGAUAAUGUGGAAAGGGCAUUACCUUUCCUAUAAUCUUUCUAUUUGUAUAGAAUGAUUGAUUUGUAUAGAAUGAUUGAUUUGUAUAGAUUGAAUGAUACCCAGAUUUACCCGAGGGUCAGAGGGACAACUCUGAACUCUUUUUAAAAGAUUAAUCUUUAAAAAGGAUUAACAGUUUUUGCCAAAUUACCAAAAUUUGCUCAAAGAAAUUGUCACCAAAAAGUGCAGAGUUGUUAAAACCUUUGAUGUGACCAUUUAUUGUAAUAUUCUUCAGCACUGAUGGACGGUCAAGAAUUUGAGAGAUAACAACGUUGACUUCUUCAACUUUGUCAUGUUGAUAUCCUUUUCCUAUUUCAAGUUGUACACCUUAUUCGGGACCUCUGAUUCUCAGGUGAAUUACUUUAGCUUGUUUUUUUGCCUGUGCAUUGUUUUAUAAUGCACACCGCGCUAUUAUAACAAAUCAUUUUUGUAUGUUGAUGAUAGUGGAUGUGAAACUUUUGUGGAUUUGAGUGUUAUUUUCUGUACGAUUUUUUGUACUGCCUGUAAAGUGUAGACUUUAUACUUGUAAUAAUGUUGAAAAUUGGCAAUGUGAGUUGAGAUUUCAGCAUGCAGGGCAUGUUUGAUAGACCCACUCAUAUGUGAUCCACUCUGGCAAAGGGAGGCUUUCGAGUAAAAUUCUUCAAAAUGAAAUUACUUGUAUCGUGUUUCUUAUGGUUCUGGCCAAUGUAAAUGUACAUGUACUCUGGAGUGCGACCAGAUCACAUUUACCAAAAGAUAGUGGUGUUGCAUAACACAAGGGUAUCUUGUAUUCCAUUAGAGUAGGCCUAACCAAGGCUGAAGAAACAGAGUAUAGCUCUUUCACAGUCUCAACAAAAGCCGGCUGCCCAGGGUUGUGUCCUAUUUUUGAUCAAACUAUUACAGCUCAGUGACAAGAGGUCAGAACCUUUGGGCUGAUCUAUCUGAAAAACACCCUACUGGUGUAUUUGGUUCGAAUUUAUGUAGGAUACAUGACAAUCUCUUGAAGAUUGACCCAGAUGUGGACUUGGGAGUACAAUGUACAUCACUUUCUCAGGUGUAAAGUAGAGAAAGCCUUGUCCAAAGGUAGGUUUCUAAAUCGGAAAAAAAUUUGAAGGAGCAACCUAUUUGCUGUAUCACGUGGCCUUGGUGGUCUCUAGACACAACUAGGCAUAGUGGAACUUUCAAUAUUUCCUAAUCCUUCAUGCAACCUGCAUCCCCUUUUGCAAGUGUGGGUCACAUAUCACAUUAUAUCAAAUGUAGGGCUACAAAAUUAUACAGAGAAAUUCUUGAAAAACACUAAUCAAAAAAAUUCAAAUGCCAAUGAGAUUUCGGAGGUGAUACAGGUAUUUGUUAGGCGGUAAAGUGCAUUUUGCUCCUGCCUUCUUGAAAGGAGACACAUCUUCCUAAAUCUCCAACCAUUUCACACUUAAUUCACUCCAAAACACUUGCCUUAUUGAUCCAUAUUCUUUUUAAUCAAAAGACAGCGAGGUAAAUGCAUCUGCUGAAAAGUACAUUUAUCAAAUUCAAGUGCAGUAAAUUCAUCUCUCAAUGAUGUGCAACUUAAAAUUAGUUAAAAUAAUAUGACUGCAUGUAGGAGCCUAAUGAGUUGGCAUUGUAUGGUAGAAAAAAAGAAUGUCUUUUUUGGUAGGAUUGGAAAAUUAUUUGCAUGCUUUUCAAUUCUAUUUUAAUGCGGAUUUAUAUUUAUCUGUAACUUAUGAUCUGGGUCGUUAUACAUGUAGUGUUCAUUUCAAGAAGACACCCAAUGUUGCGUCAUGUGGGUGUCCCUUGCUAGUUGACAGAACAUGUUUGGGGGGGCUGAUGGAUUUCUUAACAAGCACUUGGAAAAGAAUAUUAACAUUUUUCAUUUUUUAUUGAAGUGAACCUCGUUUUAUGUACUUGUACAGGUUAGUUUAGGGAUGGUGUUUGUGAAUGGGUUAAUAGGGUUUUGAAAUAUGUAAAUAAAAUAUCUACUGUUGUAAGUAGAUCAUACUGAGAAAGGAUUAUUUUAUAACUAAUACAGUUGGGUUUUGUAUUGAAAAGUUGUAUGUCAUAAUAAA